ACAAUUCAGUUGCGUCGCGACAGUGAAAGCCUCAGGUCUCCAGCUCGAAGGAGGCAAUCGGAUCGAUUUGGAUAGGAUUUCUUCGGGGGGAAAGCAACUACGUAUAACCCGGACAUGCAGGUACCUCGGGUCAAGGUCCUGAUGGGCUCGGGAGCCAUGUUCGUCUUCGCCAUCAUCUAUGGCUGGGUCAUCUUCCCCAAAAUUCUCAAGUUAAUGAUAUCAAAGCAAGUAACUCUGAAGCCGGGAUCGGAUGUCCGGGAGCUGUGGUCCAACACUCCGUUCCCCCUGCACUUCUACAUCUAUGUUUUCAACGUUACCAAUCCCGACGAGGUCUCCGAAGGAGCCAAGCCAAGGUUGCAGGAAGUGGGUCCCUACGUAUUCGAUGAGUGGAAGGACAAGUAUGAUCUGGAGGACGAUGUUGUGGAGGACACCGUCAGCUUCAACAUGCGGAAUACUUUCAUAUUCAACGCCAAGGAUUCGCUUCCACUGACGGGAGAGGAGGAGAUAAUUCUUCCACAUCCCAUAAUGCAACCCGGUGGAAUCUCGGUUCAAAGGGAGAAGGCUGCCAUGAUGGAGCUGGUCUCCAAAGGACUAAGCAUAGUAUUUCCGGAUGCCAAAGCCUUCCUAAAGGCCAAGUUCAUGGAUCUGUUUUUCCGGGGCAUCAACGUGGAUUGCUCCUCGGAGGAAUUUGCGGCAAAGGCUCUUUGCACAGUUUUUUACACGGGAGAAGUUAAGCAGGCCAAGCAAGUGAACCAAACGCAUUUUCUAUUUUCCUUCAUGGGUCAGGCCAAUCACUCGGAUGCUGGAAGGUUCACAGUAUGUCGAGGUGUAAAGAAUAACAAGAAAUUGGGAAAAGUGGUUAAAUUCGAUGACGAACCGGAGCAAUCCAUUUGGCCCGAUGGCGAGUGCAACACCUUUGUGGGCACUGACUCGACAGUCUUUGCACCGGGUCUGAAGAAGGAGGAUGGCCUGUGGGCCUUCACCCCAGACCUUUGUAGAUCCCUGGGAGCAUAUUACCAGCACAAGUCGUCCUACCACGGAAUGCCGUCCAUGAGAUACACCCUGGACUUGGGGGACAUACGUGCUGACGAGAGUCUUCACUGUUUCUGUGAAGAUCCCGAGGAUCUGGACACUUGUCCGCCCAAGGGAACCAUGAAUCUGGCAGCUUGUGUAGGAGGUCCCUUGAUAGCCUCCAUGCCGCAUUUUUAUCUAGGCGAUCCAAAGCUAAUCGCCGAUGUAGAUGGUCUUAAUCCCAAUGAGAAAGAUCAUGCGGUCUACAUAGACUUUGAACUGAUGUCUGGAACGCCCUUUCAGGCUGCCAAGCGGCUUCAAUUCAAUCUGGACAUGGAACCAGUGGAGGGCAUAGAGCCCAUGAAGAACUUGCCCAAGCUGAUUUUGCCCAUGUUCUGGGUGGAGGAGGGUGUGCAACUCAACAAGACCUACACCAACUUGGUCAAGUACACGCUGUUCCUGGGCCUCAAAAUCAACUCUGUCCUGCGUUGGUCCCUGAUCACCUUCUCCCUGGUUGGCCUGAUGUUUUCCGCAUACCUUUUCUACCAGAAAUCAGAUAGUUUUGACAUAAGCAGCAUCAUGAAGGAGAACAACAAGGUGGACGCAGUGAGCAAUACCAAGGAGCCGCUGCCACCAGCUAAUCCAAAGCCACUCACCACUUUGCAAACUAUUCAAGGAGGCAAUACGACCAUUCCGGGCACCAAUCCCAUCAACCUCAAAGUGGAGCACCGGGAGCUUCGGGAGCGCUUCUAACCCCCCGAUACCGGUCCCAGCGAUCUCUUCACCCUAGCCGUAGUCUAGUGCACCUGUGUAGUCCAACAUGAGCUAAUAAAUUCAGACAGAUAUGAGCA